CCCCCGCCGACUCAACACCCAUUCGCCAUCCGCAAUCACCACCACUGAAACCCACCCAUCACCGCAACCACCACAAAUAUGCCUGCCCCUACCGCUCUGCAGAGAGCCGACCCUGAGGAGAUCGCUCAGAACUUGCACGAUACACCCGUCGUCGCCAACAACGAGGACGAUGAGAUGCUCAUCAGCACCACCGACGCACCUGCCGUCCAGGCCGCCGACCAGACCGAGCAAGACACAGCCAUGACCGUCGACUCGCAACCCCUCUUCGCCGCUGAGAAGACCACCAACCAGCAACACCGCAGCGAGAGCCGCAAGGUCCCAGUCCCUCCUCACCGCUGGACUCCUCUCAAGAGCAGUUGGCCUAAGAUUUACCCUCCUCUGGUCGAACACCUUAAGCUACAAGUCAGAGUAAACAUGAAGUCAAAGGCUGUAGAGCUUCGUACAUCCCGCAUCACCACAGACACCGGCGCAAUCCAGAAAGGCCAAGAUUUCAUCCAUGCUUUCUGUCUUGGUUUCGAUCUUGAUGAUGCCAUUGCUCUGCUGAGACUGGAUGAUCUCUACAUUGAGACAUUCGAAAUCAAAGAUGUUAAGACUCUGCAAGGAGAACAUUUGGGACGUGCAAUCGGUCGCAUUGCAGGAAAAGACGGCAAGACCAAGCACGCUAUCGAGAACGCAAGCAAGACCCGCGUGGUACUCGCAGAUUCGAAGAUUCACAUCUUGGGUGGAUUCAAGAACAUCCACAUGGCACGUACCGCCAUUGUUUCCCUCAUUCUGGGUAGCCCGCCUGCCAAGGUCUACGGCAACCUCAGAACUGUCGCCUCGAGAAUGAAGGAGCGCUUCUAAUCGCAGCAACAAUCUUCACAAGUAAGAUCGAGGACGACAAGCAUGCAGUCAGGAGAAAACGUGGGUGCUUUUGGGAAUGAUGAUUGUUUCCCACUCCGCAAGACGAGCAACGGCGUUGGUGGAUAGGGGGUGUACCUUUUUUCGACAA